AUGUUGUUCUCCGUCCAGGCCUCACUUUCCUCUCUCGCCCUACUCUUCCUGUGCCCUCCCAGCCUGAGGGCGCGGAAUAUCGUUUUCCCUCCUGUCGCCCCGCUGCAGGCGAACAGCAACCCCCAUCAAGCUCACCACAAUGGAGACCCUGGCCAGAACCAGGACCAGUAUCAGGACUAUCAAUCUCCCUUGGGCGCCAACUCGGAUCAGUUCUUGGAGUUUGACAAGUUCGCAGGACUAUCUACCUUUUCGAAUCUGCCUUGGGUCCAUUGCUUAUCGCCAGAGGACGAUGUUGGGAAGUACGAUAUCGCCUUUCUAGGAGCCCCUUUCGACACUGCCACUACGGGAAGACCUGGGGCGCGGUUUGGGCCGGCCGGGAUACGAUGGGGUUCUCGACGAAUCGCCGCGCCCGCCGCCUGGAGCCCCUACACCCACGACAACACGUUCCUGUCCUGGGCAAGGAUCGUAGAUUGUGGCGACGCGCCUCUAACGGUGCUCGACAACACCGUGGCCUUGCGGCAGCUCGGCAAGGCGCACAAGAUUGUGGCCGGUCGCACAGCCAACACCAGCGAGGUGGCGACCGUGCCUCGCAUCAUCACGCUGGGAGGCGACCACGCCACGACGCUGGCAGCCUUACGCUCCACCAUCGACUACUGGGGUCCCGUCAGUGUGAUCCAUUUCGACAGCCAUAUCGACACCUGGGAUCCCAAAGUCCUCGGCGGAGGCGUCUCGCAUUAUGCCGGAGUGAACCACGGCACGUUUCUCCAUAUCGCCCACGAGGAAGGAUUGAUCCUGAACUCUUCGGCGCAUGCCGGCAUUCGAGCCCCUGGCAUGAACAAAAAGUACGAUUGGAAGAACGACAAACGAUGCGGGUUUGAAAUCAUCACGGCUCGGGAUAUCGACAAGAUCGGCGUCACCGGCAUCGUCGAAAAGCUGAAGGCCCGUGUAGGGGACACCCAUGUGUACAUUUCGGUCGACAUCGACGUGCUGGACCCUGCCUUUGCCCCGGCCACAGGCACGUCCGAAGUGGGCGGGUGGACAACCCGAGAGCUCUUAAGCAUUCUCGACGGCCUGGAGGGUCUCAAGGUGAUCGGGGCCGAUGUCGUCGAGGUCGCGCCCGUCUACGACACGGCGGGAGAGACGACGGUGCUUGCUGCUGCUGAGGUGGCUCACUCUUUGAUGAGCUUGAUGGUGGAGACGCCUGUGAAGCCUCACCUUAGCCCCUGA